AUGUCGUCUUCGGGUGCCGGCCUGCCUACAGCUCCCGCGGCGUGUCGCGUACUUCAAAGCACCUCAUCAGAACUGGAGAAUGAGCAGAGUCAAAAUGAUGGCUAUCGAACUUUAUCCUUGUCCGGGCAUGUUGGUUUUGGUAGUUUACCUGAUCAACUGGUUAAGAAAUCCAUCAAGCAAGGUUUCUGCUUCAACAUUCUUUGCAUUGGGGAAACUGGGAGUGGGAAAUCAACCUUGAUAAACAGUUUGUUCAACACCAAUUUUGAUGACUCUGUGUCAACGCAUUUUCUGCCGAGUGUACGACUUAGAGCCCAGACUUACGAACUCCAGGAAAGCAAUGUUCUUUUGAAGCUGACCAUUGUAAAUACAGUGGGAUUUGGUGACCAGAUAAACAAAGAAGAUAGCUAUCAGCCAAUAGUGGAUUAUAUAGAUGCACAAUUUGAAGCCUAUCUCCAGGAAGAACUGAAAAUUAAACGUUCUUUAUUUAGCUACCAUGAUACUCGCGUCCAUGUCUGCCUCUAUUUCAUUUCACCUACAGGCCAUUCCCUAAAAACACUAGAUUUGUUAACCAUGAAAAGCCUAGACAGCAAGGUGAACAUUAUACCAAUUAUAGGCAAAGCAGACAGCGUUUCUAAAACCGAACUACAGAAGUUCAAGGACAAAAUCAUGAGUGAAUUAGUUAGUAAUGGCAUCCAGAUAUACCAGUUUCCAACUGAUGAUGAAAGCGUUUCUAAAAUUAAUACCAUCAUGAAUGGACAUUUGCCAUUUGCUGUAGUAGGAAGUAUGGAAAAGGUGAAAAUUGGAAACAAAAUGGUGAGAGCUCGUCAGUACCCCUGGGGCAUUGUACAAGUGGAAAAUGAGAACCACUGUGACUUUGUGAAGCUUCGCGAGAUGCUUAUUUGUACAAAUAUGGAAGACUUAAGAGAGCAGACUCAUGCACAACAUUAUGAGUUGUACAGACGCUGCCGGUUGGAAGAGAUGGGCUUCAGAGACAUUGGUCCUGAGAACAAACCAGUCAGUCUACAGGAAGCCUAUGAGGCAAAGAGGCACGAGUUCUACCUGGAACUGCAAAGAAAAGAGGAGGAGAUGAGACAACAUUUUGUGCAGAGAGUGAAGGAGAAAGAAGCAAUGUUGAAAGAAGCUGAGCAACAGGUACAGGCUAAAUUUGAGCAUCGUAUGCUAAUGCAUCAAGAAGUGAAACUGAAACUAGAGAAAAUGAAAAAAGUUCUAGAAGAUGAAAUAGCCGUGUUUAUUGAGAAGAAAACUAAUGCUGAAUUACUCUGGUCACAAGCAUCUGUCUCUACCCCUGUUACUUUGAAGAGAGACAAGGACCGCAAGAAGUAA